GGCGCGGAGCGCGGUGCUGGCAGUGCUGAGGGGCGUGAGCGCAGGCGACCGGUCCCGCCUGCUGCACUGGAUGCGAACGACCAUGUUUGGUGAUGUUUCAGUUUAUUCUUGUUUCUGAAGAAAGUGAUUCUCUGAUGAUACUGUAUAUUUUAUAUAUGGUCAUAGUUCUAUUGGAGAGACAAGGUGGGUGAGAUGACUUUGAUGAAUUCAUGUUGAGUAAUAAUGAUGUUGUGCUCAGAAGUAUUGCUGAAGAUCUUCGGAAUUGCUUACCCAUUGAGGCAAUGCUUAACUCGGAACAUCUAGCAAUUAAAAAAAUACUUGACCAGCCAGAGCCGACAGUUCAUGUUGAUGCAUUCCUUUAUGAUGAUGAUAUUAUUGAUUCAUUGUGUGAGAAGGGAAAAAUGAGUAGAAACUACUGUGUAGUGUGUGGCUCACACAAGACCGCACCUUUAGAGUUUAUUUCUCAUUCCUUUUCCCUCAUGGAACUGAAGUUUCUUUAUCAGUAUGCAUUGCCUGACCUGACAGGAAAGAUUCUGGUUGACGUUGGCUCCAGGCUUGGUGCAGUGCUAUUUGGGGGCUAUCUUUACAGCUCAGCAUCCCAGCUAUAUGGAGUGGAAAUGAAUUCAGACUUUUGCCAGUUGCAAGAAAUGAUAAUCACAAAAUACCAAUUUACAGACAGAGUAAAGGUGCUUCAUUCAGACAUCUGUACUCAGGCUUCACUCCUUCAAAAUGCUGAUGUUGUUGUAAUGAAUAAUGUCUUUGAAUAUUUUCUCGACAGACUGGAACAGGCCAGAGCCUGGGAAUUUAUCAGUCAUAAUAUGAGGAAAAAAGGGUCAUUAUUAGUGACGGUCCCAAGCCUUGAAGAAUCUAUCUCAAACCUACAGACGGAUAUACUGCUCAGCCAGUGGGUAGAAGAGAUGAAGUUGGACUAUGAUGUAUACAUGGAAAAGGAUAUUGAUAGAGAAGCACUUGAACAAAUUCAUUUGUACAAGAUUAUCUAGCAUACAGACUGAUUUACUGAUAACAGUAUAAAAUCAUUGACUUCAGAGGGAGCUGUGUGAAAGGACUGUAGGAUUAAGCCCUAUUUCCAAAAUAAAUCGUGAAAAAUCUUACUAUUUAUUUUAGAAAUUAUACAUAUUCUCACUAAUGAAACGGGAGCUUUUGAGAACAUAUUUUGAGAUGUCAAAUUUGCAUUAAAGUUCUCAGUGUGUCAUAACAGUACAAUACAUUUUAGCCACUAGGUAUCUCUGUAGCUUCAUUCUGCAUGGAAGUGUUUUGAAAGAAUGGCAGUCUACUAACACCAGAAGAGUCCAUCUUGUGCACUAUUAAUGGCUGUGAACCUCC